CAGGUCACGAGGGUUCAACAGCAAUCUCUGUACCUUCAAACUAGUUUUUCACUUUGCCAAAAAUGUAGUUUUGGAACUACACCUGCACAUAUGUCAAAUUAUGGAAGUCACAGUUUAGGAAGUGAACUUAACACUGGCUUCUUCACCAAGGUGUUGGAUAAGUUGGGAUAUCAAAUUGGAAUGAAAUAUGGAAAAUCCAGACUUAGGAUAGCUGGUUCAAAAAUGUAUGAAUUAUGUGUAACACCGAUUGAUCACCUCUAUUUCUUCAAAGCAUGUGGUUUGCCUGACACAUACAAUUCCUGGUUUGUCAUCACAGAAUUGCAUGUUUGGAUGUGCAUGGUACGGCUGAUGAGAGAAGAUAGAGAAGGCCGAUUUACUCGAAACAUUCUAGUCCAAAUGAUGUGGGAUGACGUGGACAAGCGUUGUAAACAACUGGGAAAUUUGGGAAGUGACCGCACCAUGUAUAUUCAGGAGUUACACGAACAUUUUCAAGCAUCCUUAUUUGGGUAUGAUGAGGGUAUUCUUGGAAAUGAUAUGGUCCUAGCUGCUGCAAUAUGGAGACACUUCUAUGCGAUGAAACUUGAUGACCCAAUAAAGUUAAACCUUCUUGUAGGCUACAUUCGACGAAAUGUACAUAACCUAGACAACGUGCAAAGUGAGAAGCUACUACGAAAAGGAGAUGUGGCAUGGCUUCCACUUGAAGAGGGAGUGAAAACACCAGACUACAUGUCAAAACGUGAACGUAAAAUUGUGUAAAUGGUUGCCGUGACAGUGUUGGGUUUGCAUGUUCUUUGCUGCAUUUGAAAUUGUCAGUUCUCUUUAAUUUGCAAUGGCAUAAUAUUGGACGCUCGUAGAAUAAUCAAUGCUAUUAUCACAUACACGUGAUGAAAUACACUUUGGCAAAAUAUGGCAGCAAAUGUUCCAUUUGUGACCGACAACAUUAUGCGUGGUAAGUUAUGUUGUACGUGUUGAGAGCAACCAUAUCAUUGCUGGUUUGAUAUGCUUUGUAAAUAGACGUUAAUUAUAUAGUGAAAUAAUCUACUGUUUAUGUAGUUAAUAAAAAAAUUGGACUAUAAAAACCUUA